AUGAUCACUUCAACUUCCUGCCGCCCAACGCCUCUUCUCUUCCCGGGCGGCACCGCGGGCGUUAACAACGGAGCGCGGCGCGGGGCUACUGGUGGUCUGAGAAGGAUGUGCGCGACAAUCAAGCUCGUUGAAAUGAUAAGGGCUGGGAUGGUGGCGGCGGCGGCGGCGGCGGUGGUGGUGGUCUGAGUUUUUGUUUGCUCCCGGCCGGCUUUCGGGCCAGGAUUCGAUAGAUCGGGUGUUCGACAGCAGUACCUGGUAGUUACUUGCCCUCCGGCCAGGUGGAAUCUGUUGGGUUGUAUGAUGUUUCCAAGCACCACUCACUUCGUCUCGCACGGUUGUCUUUCCGUCUUUUCUGGUUUAGCACAGCUUAAGCAGCGCUGGUGUCGACAUUUCUGGGUCCUGAUUUUGUUUCGUUACUUCUCUUUGAUUUUUCACAACCACGUGUCUGCGUGCCCGUCUUCGGUUAGCCUAUGCAUGACCACCAUCGGGAAGGCGUCCGCGUCAGUAAUAAAAAAUAGGAGGCACUUCUAAAGCAAGCAGCAAUCGGCGAUUUUUUAUUUGUUGUGAAAGAGAGCAGCCGAGUGCGCGUCGGGCGACCCGACGCAGCAUGAGUGAAAACAAUUGCAUCGACGUUAUGCCAGGUGCUGCUGUGGGAGCGUCGCGUUUUCGCAUCCCCGUUGCUCACCUCGGUAGGAGCACCCCCACCAACAGCAGCAACCGCAUCAGCACCAGAGCCGCCUGCUGGCCUUCCGUUCGCCCGCUUCCCUCCUCCCCCUCCUCCUCCUCCUCUUCCUCCGCCCCCCCUGCCGCCGCCUGCGGCACCAGGUCUUGACGGACUAGAAACGUUUCCGUUUCCGUUCGCAUUGGAAGCGAUUCUUUUUCCGAUCGGGCUCAGGCUCAGGUCUGGGGCCGUUCUGGGGCGCUGCCGUCUGGUGGCACCCCUGCUUCCUUCUCGGGCAGGCAUCUCCACGAGCUGAUCUCCACAGCACUCGCUGAGAUAGUUUGUAAUCCACCCGCGCGCGCGGCCCGCGUUCCUCGUUUAAAAAAAACUCCGGCUAUACAGCCCGCAGAAGGAGUUGCUCUUGUCUGACUCCCGCACACGAAACGGAGACUGCUGUCCUUUACAACGCGGGUGCGACGCCCCGGUGGUGGUGGGUGCUAUCGCUCGUCGUGACCCCCUCCCCCCGAACGAAACGGAGCAGGGGAAAUUGUUUUGUUCCGAGAAAAGAGACGCUCUCGGCUAUGUGCCUCUUGUUAUUUUAGUUGGUGAGGACGGCAAGUGUUUUUUUGCCUGCGCUCCCCCUGUGCUCAGCGACAGCCCACGCAAGCAAGUCACCACCAGGAAUGGCAAAUCAGCUCAGCAGCCCUCAGCUUAGAGAGAACGGUAUGACUCCAUGGUCAUCUUCGUGUAAACACGAACAGACCAACAGAACCCGGUGUCUUCUUGACGUUGCCCCAACACCUGGUGCCCGCUGCUGCUGCUUCCGCUGGGUCCAGAAAGAAGUUGUCGAUAAUUUUUUUCAGACGGAGAAAUGGAACACAACCCCCCCUCUUUGCUCCGUCGCAGCUUUCUC